AUGACUAGAGAUUCUAAAUUGGUAGAGUACAAGAAUCUAGUCAUGGAUCUGAUAAAAGGAUUUGAGGAUAUCACUUUUAGUUAUCUCCAGAGGGAAGAAAACCAUAUGGAGGAUGCCUUAGCCACACUGGCUUCAAUGUUCAAAGUCAAUGACCAAGCUCAAAUGAUGCCCAUCCGAAUAAGUAUAAGAGAAAUACCGGCUCACUGUUAUAAUAUUGAAGAAGAGAAUGAGGAAGAUGGCUUCCCUUGGUACUAUGAUAUUCUUCAAUAUGUGAAAUAUAGAACUUAUCCUGCUGAAGCUACUGAAAAUGAAAAACGAACCCUAAGAAGAUUGGCUAUAGGUUAUAUCCUUGAUGGAGAUGUUUUAUACAAAAAAGGAAAAGAUUAG